AUGUUCCGGAUGUUUCCUAAACUCUAUCCAGAGCUUCGACCGAUGAUCUGGGAGGAUGCCAUAAGCGACCCAUCAAUGUCAGUUGUUGCAUUCAAACAAAACCAUGGACAUGAGCCAACUUCCACGAUUCAUCCAACACCUGGAGCCGCCACAAUUUUAAUGAUGGAUAGCUUGUUCAAUAUAGCACAUGUCUGCAAAGAGGCCGGUGAGGUAUACAAAAAAAUGCGUCUUAGGAUGCUUGUUGUAGACUCAACAGAAACCAUUACUAUGUUGUUAGAGAAAACAAUGUUCGACUUUUCCCAAACGACUUUCUACCUCUGGUACUAUCAUCCAUUUGAAGAAGCUGGCUUUCAUGGUUCUGUGCCAAUUCGUGAGCACAUUCAGCACAUUGCGGUCGGUCAUCAUACAUACUACAGAACCCGAUCCGUCUUCGCAACAAGAUCUUGGCAGCUUUUCCCCCAACUUCAGAGUAUCACGAUUGUUUGCGGAAGCCAGCAUUGGAAAAGCAAUGUAA